GUCCAAUCACGGCGCGGAGUGGCUUCACAAGAUGGCGGCGCGCUGAGAGCGUAGCAUCUGCGUUUCUAGGCGCUGGGCUGUGUGCGUGGGUUAGGACCCGGGGCUUGUGCAGGCCCCAGCCACACACGCCGUCAGGCUGCUACCUUGGCCUACGAGAUGGCUUUAAGCAAAUCAAUGCAUGCAAGAAAUAGAUACAAGGACAAGCCACCUGACUUCGCAUAUCUGGCAUCCAAAUAUCCAGAUUUUAAGCAGCAUAUUCAGAUAAAUCUGAAUGGGAGAGUAAGUCUUAAUUUCAAAGACCCUGAAGCAGUCAGAGCUCUGACUUGUACUCUCCUAAGAGAAGACUUUGGACUUUCUAUUGAUAUUCCUUUAGAGAGACUAAUUCCCACAGUUCCCUUGAGACUCAACUAUAUUCACUGGGUAGAAGAUCUGAUUGGGCACCAGGAUUCUGAUAAAAGUACUCUUCGAAGAGGAAUCGACAUAGGUACUGGGGCAUCCUGCAUCUAUCCCUUACUUGGAGCAACCUUAAAUGGCUGGUAUUUCCUGGCAACAGAAGUGGAUGAUAUGUGCUUCAAUUACGCAAAGAAAAAUGUGGAACAGAAUAACCUAUCUGAUCUCAUUAAAGUGGUAAAAGUGCCACAGAAGACACUCCUAAUGGAUGCUCUUAAAGAAGAGUCUGAGAUAAUCUAUGACUUCUGCAUGUGCAACCCUCCCUUUUUUGCUAACCAAUUGGAAGCCCAGGGUGUGAACUCUCGGAAUUCUCGAAGACCUCCACCUAGUUCCGUAAAUACUGGGGGCAUCACAGAAAUCAUGGCUGAAGGAGGUGAACUAGAAUUUGUUAAAAGGAUAAUCCAUGACAGUUUACAACUUAAAAAAAGAUUAAGGUGGUAUAGCUGUAUGCUGGGGAAGAAGUGCAGCCUGGCUCCACUGAAGGAAGAGCUCAGAAUCCAAGGGGUUCCUAAAGUCACCUUCACGGAGUUCUGUCAAGGCAGGACAAUGCGAUGGGCCUUAGCUUGGAGUUUUUAUGAUGACGUCACAGUACCGUCACCUCCAAGUAAACGAAGAAGAUUAGAAAAGCCGAGGAAACCCAUUACGUUUGUAGUGCUGGAGUCUGUGAUGGAAGAAUUAUCCCUCAAAGCCUUGUCACUGGGCUCUGAGACAGUGGAAGGCAUAAUAGUUGUGACAACAUGGAUAGAAAAGAUCCUCACUGAUCUGAAGGUCCACCAUAAACGAAUUCCUUGUGGAAAAGAAGAAGUUAGCCUUUUCCUGACAGCCGUAGAAAACUCUUGGAUUCAUUUAAGGCGGAAGAGAAGAGAGCGAGUGAGACAACUAAGAGAGGUGCCCCGAGCUCCUGAGGAUGUUCUCUUAGCCUUGGAGGAGAGAAAGUCCACUCCCAAAGAGCUGAGUGGUAGCCAGGACAUAGCCCCAUGCUACCAGGAGAGUGCCUUGUGUGGCCUUGCUGUACCCGAAGGUGAAUCGGCCACUGUCGGUGGCCGUUGCCUCAGCCAGGAGUCACUUUGCCAGGAGGAAACUGCAGAAGCCAUGGAGGAUGAAAGGAGUGAGGAAAGGGGAGGGAUGGGGGUCAUGGAAAGUUGUAAAGGCUCCAGCAAUGGAGCCCAGGACGGAGAGGCUUCUGAGAAGGGAGACCGCCUGGACGAAGCAGCUGGACAUUACCUGUUUAAGUGCCUAAUCAACAUUAAGAAGGAAGUAGAUGGCGCCUUAGUUGAAAUGCAUUGGGUUGAGGGCCAGAACAGGGAUUUGAUGAACCAACUUUGUACCUACAUACGUAACCAAAUUUUGAGGCUUGUUGCUAGUUAAUUCUUUAUUUCUUCUACAGUUAGAAAAGUGUCUGUAUAGGGCUAAGGAUGUGGUGCAAUGACGGUAUGUGCUUAAUAUUCAGAAGGCAGCCUGGGUUGAGUCCCUAACAUCUAACAUCAAUACAAAAAAAAAAAAAAAUCUAUAAAAUAGCUUUGGAGGUAAAGCUCAUUGGGAAGCCAGAGGAAUUUCAGCAUUGGUCCAUUAGUGACACCAUGUGGAAUCAUGUUACAAAGCAGAAAUGCAGUUGAAUGUGGUCUCUUAACACUUACAAUCCCAAUACUUGAAGGCUGAGGUAGGAUGAUUGCUGUGAAUUUAUGGUCAGCCUACGCUACAGAGAAAGACACUUGUCUAAAUAAAAAGAAGAAAAAAGAAAAGCAGAAAUGAAUCAGUUUUUAACCCUUCCCCUCUUAAAGAUAUCUGGAGUCGUAUGUAUGGUACAGGGGCUCAGGAGGAAUUGUGACUGUUGUAACAGCAGACAAACUUAGGAGGAACUAGAUCCUACUCCAGUAGUUCAUCUCAGCCUGGCACGGAUUCCCUGAGGCCAGAGGCACUGCCUAGAACAUGUCCAUCACUGAGAGGUAUGGCGUUAAUGGAGGCAGCAGAGCAGAGCAGAGGUAUGGGAAUGCUCAUCGUUGCCUUCAAGACACCUGCUUUCUCAGGUACCUAGAGUUGAUUGAGCCAGUCCUCAGAAAGGAACUAGCCUGGGGUAGGUGGCCAGGCUGUCACAGACAGACAUCUCAGACUAAGGAGAGGGCCAGUCUGGGAACAUAGGGAAGCAGCACAUUCCUCAGUUGCUGCUGUUCUGACAUGGCCUAUGUCAGAAGCAGAAUUGAGGAAGCAGGAUGGGGCUGAGGCACAUCAAAAUGUACCACUGAUCCCUCCUCCAGCCCACUGACAGUAUGGUUCUGUAGCAGUCGUGCUGCUUUUUAGUAACGUGAAUGGAAUGUGUUUGGUUUUUAAUAUAAGACUUCAGAAUUGAAAACUAUUCAUCCUGUUUGAAUCCUGGAAUUGGGGAAAUAUUUGCUGUUACUUGAGUUGGGUAAACAGUUGAUGUGACAAAUGAGAAACUAAGUAAGGUCCUAUGUGUUCUAGGUAGGGUGUAGGGGUGUAUCUUUGUGGUAGAACAUUUACCUAGAUGUAUGAAGGCCGUCCCCCCCCCCCCCUUCAAAACAUGGUUUCGCUGUUUUACUCUGGCUGUCCUGGAACUCAUUCUGUAGACUUGAACUCACAGAGAUUGAACUCACCUGCCUCUCCUUCCCAAGUGCUGGGAUUAAAGACAUGACCCACCACUGCUCGGCUCCUGGAUUAUAUUUUCAACAGGUAUUGGUGUGGUGUAAAGUGGAAUCUUUGAUGUGGCCAGCUAAUUUAUUGACCAAACUCUGCUUUUUUUGGUGGAUUUUCUGUCUACUUAUCUGCUUAUCCGAGGCCAGGGUAAUAAUGUCUGAAACACAUUUGUAAUGGGAAUGUGGUUUUCUGAUACUCUGGAAGUCUCAUUCUUUUCUGUCUCAUUCUUUUGUCUCAGAAACGGUCUGUUGUGCUAGAUUCUUGACUAGUAGCCUAGGGUUCUAUAUGGACAGACUCUCGUAUAGGGCUUGAGCUCUUUGGCACCCAUAAAGACUUGUGCUGAGUAGUUAAGCUCCCUUUUUGAAAGGUGGCUGUGAUUAGCAGAAAUUGGUGUUGGGGGCAUAGCUUAAUAAAGGAAAUGCAAAUGGUGCAGUGGGGUUGAAAGCUGGGAAAGAACAUUUUAGCCAUGGUCUUCCAGAGACUAGGAGUAUGGUGUCUUCUCCCCACCCCCUCCCCCUGGAGAUCUGAUCUGUGACAUAGCAACCAGAAACCAACUGAGGAAAAGCAGCACUGUUGUAACCCAUCCGUUCAUUUGACAGCACGAAGAAAACAGUGUUCAGGGGCACAACCAUGCCCAGAUUGAAUGCAGGCCUUAGAUUGCCUACAUCCAGUAAUUAUGUCUGUGUCUGUGUAUGUGAGUGCAGGUGCCUGCAGAGGCAUCAGAUCCCCUGGAGCUGAAGUCACAGGCAGUUGUGAGCCACCUGAUGUGGGUCCUAGAAUCCAAACUGGGUCCUCUGCAAGAACAGUACAUUCUUUUAGCCAUUGAGCCAUCUCCCCAGCCCUGUUGUUGUUUGUCUUCUCAGACUUCAUGUGUAACUGAGAUGAAUUUAAUAUCCUUUUCCUCCAGUAUCUUUAUCUUGAGUGCUGGCAGUACAAGCCUGAUUUAUGUGGUGCUAAUGAUCUAUUGAGCCCAGGACUCUGCUAGACAAAAAUGCUCUACCAACUGAGCUAUGUCCUCAGUCCCCACAUCAGUUUUCUUGAUAAAAUCUAAGGAUCUCUGAGUUCAGUGGCAGUUAAAUGCCAGAAUACCUGGUGGAUAUUCAAUAAAUAAUCAAUAAAUGUUUUCCUCAUCAUAAAUUGGCAGAUGUUCAAUGAUUUUGAAACAGAAGUGGCUAGAGAUGUGACUCCGUGGUAGAGCACUUGCCUAGCAAACACAAGGUCCUGAAUUCAGUCAUUAGCUUUACAAAACAGACACACCAGUUACCCAGGGUGUCAGCCUUCUCACAGCUGUGUUAGUACUUUCUCUUUUCUCCCCGUCUUCAUGUCGGUGGUACAAAUGUGUGUGUGGUUCAUUUGGAUUGUAUUGAUGUUGGAAUUUUGACUUUCUGUUUGUUUGUUUGUUUAACUUAUAAAUUUUUCAUGUUUGGAUAAUUGUAUUUUUUUUUCUCGGAGCUGAGGACCGAACCCAGGGCCUAAAUCCCCACCCCCUGAUAAUUGUAUAUUUUUUUUCAUACACUUUUGCCCAUUCAAAAUGCCCUUCAGGCACAGUGUUGACCUUUGUUUAAGUCUAGUUCCUGGAGAUUCUUAGAGAACAUUAAUGGAGAUGCAAAAGUUGUAUCUGUGUCUAUAUGUGUUUCAGCCCUAAGGUUGAGAUUUGUUAUGGAGCAGGUUGUAUAGGUGUUAAGAUAAUGAUCUUAGAAUGGGAAGGGAAAAAAAAAGUUUGACAAGAGUGGUGUCCACAGUCUUUGAAAAACUAAAGCCGUGAGUACCUUUGCAUUUGAACAUUAUUUUUUUCUAACAUUGUUUGAGAUGACAUUGAAAACAUUUUCAACGGACAUAUUACACAUGUGCUUUGUAAUUGAAGAGAAGCUUUUUAAAGAAAUUGGUUGCUCACGUGUCACAGUGUUGAGUGGCAUUCUGCUUACAUGUCUGGAGGUCAAGUUGGUGUUGGUGGAUUGAUAUGAAAUUGAAUCUCUGUGGUAUUAUCUUAAAUUCUGUUCUGCUCUCUGGUUGGCUUCUGAUCCCCCGAUGGCUGGAGUGGGGACAGAGCUGAACUUGUUUUCCAGAGGGAACAAGGUGCUUUUGUUUAGAAUCGGCUUGGGUUUGUCGGUUUGGUUCCUUCACCCUCCCUGUUGGCAGCUCCGAGGAGGAGGAGGAGGAGGAGGAAGAGUUUCAGCUAACCCUAAGGGUUCUGGUCGAUUAAUAGAGUUUAGAAAACAAAACCUCUUUUCCUGGUGGAAAUCCAAGCCUCUGGUGUCUGACAGGAAGAGUCAAAUGCCAGGUGUGGAAAAGAUGUAAACAUCCCACGCAGAAGCCAUCCACGGCCAUUUGGUUUUAUUUCAUUUUGGUUGUGUUUGAAGCAGGGUCUCAUUCAUGAAGCUCAUGGGCUUGAACUUUCAAGGUAGCCAAGGUUGGCGUUGAAUUCAUGGUUUUCCUGCCUCCACCUCCCUGUUUCUGGGAUUGCAGAUGUUGCCUUCAUACCUGGUCUUCUGUGGUGCUGGAGAUUGAACCCAGGGCUCUGUUAGUGCAAGGCAGGUACUGUACCAACUGAGCUACAUCCCUGGGCUCCCUCCCCCCACUUUGAAGAGAAGGAAGUGAGUGCUGGGUUGGUGACCCCACCUGUGAUCAGCAUUUGGGAGGUGGAAGGAGGAGGUCAGCAGUUCAAGGCUGAGUUCAGAGUUGGUCUUGUCUACAUUGUGAGUUCAGGGCCAGAGGGAGUUGUAGGAGACCCUGUCUCAGGGAGAGGGGGCAAGAGAGACAGGCUGUGGGAGCCCCUUGGUCUUUCUCAUUUGCAGCACUUCCUUCUGAAGCCACACGGGGGCACCUGCAGCCCCUUCCAUCGCGAUCCUGAAUUUCAUUGUGAGAAUGGGAAUGGAUGAAAUUGUGUCUGUGGAACUUUCUAGAAAUACUCAGUUGUACCCAGAUAAGUAUUUAUGAUGGUACAUUUUCACUUAAAAACUUUAAAAUGAAAGUAUAAGGAAGAAAAAAAUCACUACCUGUACUUUUUAUACUUUUUUUUUUUUUUGAAACAUGGUUUCUCUGUAUAGUCCUGGCUGUCGUGGAACUUGCUCUGUGAACCAGGCUGAAUUCACCGAGAUCAGCCUGCCUGUCUUUCUCCCAAGUGCUGGGAUCAAAGGUGUGUGUCACCACUACCCCCUGGCUAUGUUUUGUGUUUUUUUUAUAGUUUCACCUGACCAACCUUUCUUUUGGUCACAUCUUUCUAUUCUAGAAUGUACACAUAUUGGGCCUGUCCUUUAGGUGUUUUUUUUUUUUUUUAACUUUGUUUUAGGACUAGUAAGAUAUAGAUCUCCUAGAGAAAUGCAUUUUCAUUUUGCUUUGUAUUUGAUCUUGUUGGCAGGCUAACAUGCAUGUGAUGUGUUAUUCAUGUGAAAAGUUGUGACGGUUCUCUGUUUUAUGUUUAUAUGAACUAGCCGGGCCUUAUUUCUUAGAAGGAUGUUUCUGUAUAGGUCAGAGCAUGCAUGUGACUUGCCCUGUAUGGCUGUAGGCUCAAGGAGAAAUGCUCCCUGUUUACUUUAUGGUACAGAGUGAAGGUCUGCAGUGACCCUUCUACCCCGUUUGCAAAACCUCAGUUAUUGCUCUUUGAGUAAAGUCUCAGAAGUGCUAGCCAGGGGUGCCCUAAGGAGAGGGAUGUGACUUCGUUGUUUCUAGGGAACUUGCUGCUCAGAUUUCAUUUGCUGUCAUGUUCAUUAAUAGAACAGUCGGCUUUUACCUCUUGAAGGAGGGCAUUAAUGGUUUUGAAAGAUGCUAAUCAUCCCAUAUGCCUUGUGUGAAUAUCACUGUAGUGUUAAAACGCCUGGCUCAGGGCACCCAUAGCAAUAGAAUUUACACAUGCCUGAGAUCCUAUUCUGUUCUGGAAAGAUCUGCUGUGACUCACUCAAAUGACUAAAACAGCGGUUCAUUUCUUUAAUUGCUGGUUGGAACAGCUAAUGCUGCCUUUGUGAGUCUGUGCUUUUACUCUGGGAAGCUAUGUUGUGACUGAAUGAAGACCUUUUACCUCUUUGA